GGUUAAGACGUUUUAUAGCACGUAUCGCUGACCGUGCAGUCACCUGAUAUGUAGCAGCCUUAAAAGGUUGUUUGAGGUUCUUUUUUUAAAGACUGGUAAUUGUCGUUAUCACACAGGACAAGCUUUUACGAGAAACUCCGUGGAUAAACGAGGUAUUAAUAACAAUGGUGAAUAGUGAGGAAGAGAGGAUGGAAGAAGGUGGUUUAGAGGCAGUAGCUCCAGCACAGCAGCUGUGCCGCUUCUUUUCUCAAGGACGUCAUUGCAACUUUGGGAAGAAGUGUAAAUUUCUGCAUGUACAAGAUGAUGCCAAAGCUCAUGAGAAGGAAACCUUCAGCACAUCCUACCCAGCUGAAUCAGUGGGCCACAGGCCAUCACCUGUCCGCCGGCCAUGCCGCUACUUCAUCGCAGGCCACUGCACCAUGGAAGACAGAUGUCGGUUCUGGCAUCCACCACAGUUAGCCCUAAUGGAUGACCAGCCUGUUCCAGGCAAUCAGACGAGAGCUGAACAGAGAAUUCAACCAGUGCCUCGCCCCAGCGUCCUUCAGGAGGUGAAGCUGAGUGAUAUGACAGAGGAUAUCGCCAAACAGCUACGAGACACAGAGAUCACUCAGCUGAAGAAGCGUUUUCCCAAAGAUCAGCUGAUUAUUCAGGAACGUAGUGAUGGGAAAGUUACUUAUUACCGUGCAACUGUAGAGGCCACAGAUCCAGACUGGCCUUUUGAUCUGAAAGAAAUUGACAUCAUGGUGAGCUUUCCAGACAAUUACCCGCAAGAGAUUUUUACAUUGGAUAUACCCCUGGACCAGGAUCUGCCUUCUGUAAUGGCAAGGCAUGUACAGCAAGCAUCGUUGGAGUGGCUUCAAGCCAAGCAUGCGACCAAUCAGCUCAUGGGAAAGGUAGAGCUGCUUUUCAGGCCUUUUCUUCGCUGGCUGGAUCGCAGCUUGGAGAGGCUGUUUACUGAAGGAGCCCGGCAGUUGAAAAAAGACAUUGAUUUAGAAAAAGCUGGACUGCAGUUUAUACCCUAUCAGGAGCUCCAGGCAACUGUGUCUGAAACAUCUGAGCCUGCGUCUGAUGCUGCUGCUGCAGACAGAGAUGAGGAUAUUGAAAUGACACAGGAGGAAGGGAAGUUGGUGCAGCAGGAGAAUCUAGGUGGUGAUGAAGGGACAGAGAAAGAGGAGACGAGUCAUCUGGUGGAGAACAUUAAGAUCAGCGAUCCUCGCCGAGGCACAGAGGUGAAGCUGCUGGGACUGAUGCUGGGAGAGAACACCGCCACUGUAGUCGCCCCGCAAAUUACUGUUUCUCUUCAGUGUAACAGGUGUAAGGUGACUGCAGACCUGACCCUCACUGGAAGGACCCCCUGCUCGGCUCAGUGUGAAAACUGUACCACAAGCAUAAGUGCAGCAUUCAGACCCUGCAUGCUUCACCAUUACAGUGAUGUCCUGGGUUACUUGGAUCUCCAAAACACUACAGCUGUGGACCUAGUACUUCAGGAGUGUGAACUCACUGUGGGCUGCCUCAGCUGUUCCCAGGAGGGCCCAGUGCAGAACCUUGCCUAUGGACAAACAAAGGAGUUUAAUUGUGAAAACUGCCACACCAAACUCAGCAUCCUGGCUGAGAGCACAAAAUUUCACUAUAUUCAGCCUCGCACCAAUAAAACAGGGUCAAGUGGUGUCAGUUACAAGACAUUAAGAGAACCUUCUGUGCAAAAGGGGAAGCCACUGCCAGAAAAAGGAACAUGCAAACAUUUCAAACAAAGCCACCGCUGGCUAAGGUUUCCCUGCUGUGGUCGGGCCUACCCCUGCGAUGCGUGCCACGAUGAGAACCAGGACCACCCCAUGGAACUCGCCACGCGGAUGAUUUGUGGUUUCUGUGCUAAAGAACAGCCAUAUGGCAAUGGAAAGCCAUGCGUCAACUGUGGAGGCAUGAUGACGAGAGGCACGUACACCAGCCACUGGGAGGGAGGACAGGGGUGUAGAAACAAAGUCAAAAUGAGCAGAAAUGAUCGACAGAAAUAUGCCAGCUCCAACAAAACGGUUUCAAGGAAGGCAGCCGCUGAGAAGAAGUAGUUGGCGAAGAAGAGCCUCAUUGCAUUCAUUUGUCACAAAUCAUUAUGAUACACAAAUCAUUAUUUCAAUGAAACUGUCCUUUUCCACAAUAAAUUCUGUGUUUCUGAUCA